CACAGCUAGCGUGUUUGGAUGAUACGGCGUUCUGUAGGAGAAGAGAAAUCCUCGGAACGUGUUCAGAGUUGACUUUUCUCUUUCCUCGUUGACUCUUGGAUGUUUGUAAAAUGUCCGGGGUUCAGGAACUUUCAGUUUUUCCUGUGGAGGUCCAGCAGCUUUUAGUGAGUAAAGAAGAGGUUUCCACUGAGCAGCAGGAGAGUGACUCCAGUCUGAACCAGGAGAUUACUGAGCCUCCACAGAUUAAAGAUGAACCAGAGGAAUUGUGGAGCAGUCAGGAGGAAGAGCAGCAUCACAGGCCAGAGAAUGCUGAUAUUAUCAAGUUCACUUUUGUUCCUGUCUCAGUGAAAAUUGAAGAAGAUGAAGAGAAACCUCUAUUCUCACAGCUUCAUGAAAGACAAACUGAACAGGGGGAAGGAGGAUCUGAUGGAGGGGACUGUGGAGGAGCAGGAGCAGUCAGGCUCUAUGAUGCAGAGAGAGAUUUACAACUGGAGACUGUGGUCAAGACUGAAGACACUUCUGAAGCUGAGACUGAUGACAGUGCUGAUUGGAUGGAGACAACAGAUCACCAUUCAGGUUUAAAGUCAGCAGAAAAGCCUAAAAAUACGAUAAAAACGAUGGAUAAGAAACCACAUCACUGCUCUGAGUGUGGUAAAAGCUUUAAAUUUGCAGGUCAACUAAGAGAACAUAUUAGAAUUCACACAGGAGAGAAACCCUUUGACUGCUCUGAGUGUGGUAAAAGAUUUUCGCGGCAGGAAAUUUUGACCAAACAUAAGAGAAUUCACCUUCAAGAGAAAAACUGUGGCCAGUCUGAUUGCAGUAAAAUACUUCAAGAGACCAAAGACGUGUUACUUCACACUAUACAGAAACCCUUUAGCUGUUCUGAGUGUGGUAAAACGUUUCACCAUAAAAGUAAUCUGAACAAACAUAAGAGAACUCAUUUAGGAAGGAAACCUUUCAACUGCUUUGAGUGUGGAAUAAGUUUUACACGCAAGGGAAAUCUGACCAGACACAUGUCUAUUCACACUAAGGAGAAACUCUUGGACUCCAGUUUGAGCUGCUCAGAGUGUGGAAAACGGUGUAAACACAAACACAAUCUAACUGAACAUAUGUUGGUUCACAAUAGACAGGAGCUCCUCAGCUGUUUUGAAUGUGAUAAAAGAUUUAGUCUUAAACAUCAUUUGAUAAGACAUAUGAGAACACACUCUGGGGAGAAACCCUUCAGCUGCUCUGAGUGCAGUCAAAGAUUUACCCAACAGGGUACUCUGACCAGACACAUGCUAGUUCACACUAGAAAGAAACCCUUCAGCUGCUCUGAGUGUGGUGAAAGAUUUAGUCACAAAACGACUUUGACCAGACACAGGAGAACCCAUACUGGCGAGAAACCCUUUGACUGCUCGGAGUGUGGUAAACGAUUUAGCCAAAAAGUUUCUCUGACAAAACAUAUAUUAGUUCACACUGGACAGAAACCCAUAAGAUGUUUAGAGUGUGGUAGAAGGUUUAUCCGACAAGAUUCUCUAACCAAACAUAUGUUAGUUCACACUCAAAAGAAGGACGAAUCUCUUUGACUGAUCUCCAUGUGUUUGAAGAUUCUCUAAAAAGUCUUAUCAGGUAUUUGAAAGGGCUUAGAAACUAUAGGCUGGUUUAGACCAAAGGUUUCCUUCAAUAUAUCAGUGAAGGAUUCACUAGUUUGAUAAUAUCAGACUUAAGAGGCUCUUCAAAACCAACUGAGGAGAAAAUUGAGAAAUAAACAGGAGCUGAUGGGAGAGAACAGUGGGAGAUCAGAACCAGUUAGGAAAUUCUAUCCAGAGAGACAUUUACAACCAGAAAUUGAGGUCUAUUAUGACUACUAUGAGACUGAGACUAAAGACUUUGAUGAUGAUUGUACAUCUGUGCUACAGUUAUAUAUCUUUAAAUAUUAAGCAAAAAUGGGUUAUCCACUGUUAAUAUCAUCAAUGGUCUGAAGUAAAUGGUACUACAAUCUGAUAACUGUGGUGGUUUGAGUAUUAACAAUUAAUUGAAACAUGAUAUUUCUGGUCUUUCCAGAGUUUUGAUGCCUUUAAAGAAAUGCUGAAAGUUGUGUAUGCUGUGAGAUUAUUUCUGUUUUCUCAUGAAAGAGGUAUGAUGUUUAAUUUUCUUUCACUUUCCAUUACGUAUAUAUUCCGGUCAGAAUCUGGUGUUGGCUCUUAGAGCAAGUUGAAUCCAUGAAAUUCCUACAUGAGAAGUUUGAUGCCUGCCUCACUUUUUCUCCGCAUGCUAAAUCUGUCCAGAAGAAGCGCUACAGCGCCUCCACCUGCUGAGAUAAGGAAGGAUUUUUAUUGUUAGCAAACACUUUUUAAAACACAUGGUUAACCAUUCACAAAUUGAAUCCAUUCUCACCUUCAACAUCUCAUCCUGGUUCAACUCCCUCACCAUUAAUGAUAGAGCAAAACUAUCCAACAAAAUCACUGGUUCACCCCAAACUCUUCUCUCUGAAAUGUACACCCGUUCUGUUAUCCAGAGAACCACCCUGAUUUCAAAGGACUCCUCUCACUCCAGUGCAACUCUUUCCAGCUACUGGCUCCAGCCACGUGAGUUAAAAAUACAAGGUUUCAUGACCCAGAAAAAAAAAAAAAUCCUUCAUCCUUUCUACAAUAACCAUCCCAAGCAAUAUAAAAUAGACUCUCCCACCCAUAACUCCCCUGUUAAAUAAGGAAUUAACUGAUUAACCACUUUUGUGGACUGCUGAGUUCCAUUUUACUUACUGCUCCCAGGCCUGAUUACUGCCAGUUUGUUGAAUCCAGAAAUUAUUUAAAUAUAAUCAAAGAGCCAUUAUCCACCGAUGGAGAAAACUUGAAGCAGUGUUGAACCUUCCAAGGAGUGCUCAGUCUACCAAAACUACACCAAGAGAGCAUCAACGACUUGUCACAAAAGAACCCAGAACAACAUUUAAAAACCUGCAGGCUUCGCUUGACUCAGUUAAGAUCAGUGUUUAAGACUCAACAAUAAGAAAGAGACUGGGAAAAAAUAACAUUCAUGGGAGUUUUAAGGCCUAAACCACAUGUCAAAAAAAAUUUUCUCUCUCUUUUUUUUAAAGUUUUUCAAUCAGUCUAUUUAAUUAACUCCCGCUCAAGGUUCCCUGAUGUCUGCUCAGCUGAGACCUGCUGACUGAUGCAUAAAUACAGUAUAUCAGUAAAAAUGUUUACUUUAACAUGGAAGUCAAAUAGAAAACAUCUUGAAAAGGAAAUGUAAGAUAUUGUUAAACCAUUAAGACA